AUGCAGGCCGGGAAGAUUGUGCAGAGGCCUUCGGGCGACGGGACACCCAUUCUUGAGCCUGUCACUCCUUCGGGAAAGCGUUCGGAGGGCUCGACGCAUGGCGUACUCGCUGCUGCCGCUGCAGCUGCUUUAACCGCAACUGAAUCUGCACCUGUGACGCCGCUCGUAUCUUCAACAGCAUCGCUGGGAUCAGCGACGCCGACCGGAAAUGCGACGCUCUCCAACACUAUCGCAGCCACACGUUCCAAAACCAUCGUUCUUGCCGAUGCGGGUCGUGCGCCUUGGUACAACUCGGUAGGAGAACCCGUACCGGCGUAUGUGGUAGGUAUUGCAGGCGGAUCUGCUAGCGGAAAGACUUCGGUAGCCAGAGAGAUUCUCAAGAAAUUGCCUAAUGUUCCGUGGGUUGCUAUCGUCAGUCAAGACGCCUACUACAAGUCGCUUUCGCCCGAAGAAUCCAAGCUAGCAUUUCAAGAACAGUAUGAUUUCGACCACCCGGAUGCUUUCGAUUACGAUAUUCUCAAGAAAUGCAUCAGAGAUUUGCGUCAAAGCAAGGCCGUCGAGAUCCCAGUGUACAGCUUCGUACAGCAUCAAAGAACUUCGGAAACAAACUACCUCUACGGCCCAGCCGUCCUCAUCGUUGAGGGCAUUUUUGUUCUGCACGAUCCCGAGAUUCGCCAGUUGCUCGACCUCAAAGUCUAUGUUCAGGCGGACUCGGAUCUGAUGCUGGCGAGAAGGAUCAAAAGGGACAUUGUUGAGAGGGCAAGGUCGGUCAACUCGGUGCUUGAUCAGUACUUGCGCUUCGUCAAGCCCGCGUUUGACACCUUCGUCUCGGCUACUGCUCGGCACGCAGACAUGAUUGUACCCGGUUCGCACAACGAGGUUGCCAUCGAGGUCAUUAGUCAGCAUAUGGAGAAGCAGCUGCGAAACCGAUCAAGAAAGCUGCGCGCCGAGUUUUACAAGACCCCCGCAACGCAAGUUCCGGCGCCCACAGCCAACGACAAGAACGUACUAGCUGUCAUGAGCCCAUAUGACGGUCUGGGCUCCCCACACGAGCGCCGUGCCAGCUUGACGCAUAUGAAGCCCAUAUUGAAUCGCAGCGAGUCAUUUGGCAUGUCGUCAUCUCAGCUUGUUCGAGGUGUUUCGAGCAAUUCAGCAGCUGAUGGGACAGGACUGCCUCCCAAUGUCAUCUUGCUCGCUCAGACUCCGCAAUUACAAUCUCUGCUCACUAUACUGCACGAUCGAUCUACACCCACCGGCGAGUUCACCUUUGCCUGCAAACGCGUCGGAACCCUCGUUGUCGAGCUGGCAACAACACUGCUGCCGUAUCGAGAAAAGGAGAUCGCCAUCCAUGGUGGACGCAAACACAUUGGACACGAGCUCAACGUCAGUAGCCUAUGUUCGGUCUCGGUCCUUCGCUCUGGAGCUGUGCUCGAGCCUUCCCUGCGCCGAGCUUUUCCCGCUAUGUCGCUGGGAAGCCUGCUCAUCCAGUCCAACGAGGAAGAUGGCGAGCCGCAUUUGUACGAUGUAUCGCUGCCCUCUUUCAUCCGCCGACGAGAGACCGCAGAAAAGUCGUGGGUGUUUUUGCUCGAUGCGCAGAUUGGAACGGGUGCUGCGGCUUUCAUGGCAAUUCGGGUCCUGUUGGACCACUCGGUGCCCGAAGAGCAAAUUAUCUUUUUGACGCUAUUGGCCAGCUCACAGGGCGGUAUUCAUGCCCUGAACCGAGCCUUCCCACGCGUGCGCAUCGUUGUCGCUGGUGUCGACCCAGGACUGCAAAAGCUCCGCAUCCCGUGGCAGACAUCGUCAUCCAACCACAGCAAUACAAGUAAGCACGAUCGCGGCGAGCCUAUACAUUACGACGACAAUGCACCUGUAGACGAAGACGAUCUCUCGCCGGGCCUUAACCAUCGCGACAAUCUGCAUUUGUUAGCAUCGCCACCACUGACCAGCGUUGAUGGCAAAUUUGCUGCUAACAGAGGAGCCAGGCACCAGACGCAAAGACAGCCAAGUCUGACGCAUUCGCCGGCGAAAGGCAGCCGGGUUGUGUUUGCCAUCACUCCUGGCUGCGGCUCAAUCGGAGAUCGUUUCUGGGGCACCGGAUCUCGAUGA